AGGAAGUACGUCUCCUCCUGUCAGCGACUGACGCCAGAGCUGGGCGGGCGUGUAGAGGGCUCCUUCAGCCAUUUACUGUCUACGAGUGGUACAGUAGCCGCACUCGUAGGGGAGUUUGAACUAAGAAGAAACCGGGCUGGUUACUUUUUCGUAUUUUUCAGCGAUUAAAUCUCUUGGGUGUAUGCACGUUUUAUUUAUUCGUAACACAACAUGCGGCGCAGCAAGGCCGACGUGGAUCGCUACGUGUCCUCGGUGCAGAGUUCCUCUCCGUCCCUAAAGGAGAAGCCUGUAAAGGGAUUUCUGUUUGCUAAGCUGUACUUCGAUGUGAAGGAAUAUGAACUCGCCAAAAGACAUGUCUCAGCCUACUUAACUGUGCAGGAGAGGGAUCCUAAAGCACACAAGUUUUUGGGACAGCUCUAUGAAGAAGAAGGGGACAUCGAGAAGGCGGUGGGAUGCUACAAGCGGUCUGUGGACCUAAAUCCUGCGCAGAAAGACUUGGUCCUCAAGGUGGCACAGCUGCUGUGCAGUAAGGAUGAGCCUGAUGGCAGAGCGGAGUACUGGGUGGAGAAGGCAGCCAAGUUCUUCCCUGGGAGCCCUGCAGUCUACAACCUGAAGGAGAAGCUGCUGACCGCGAAGGGCCAGCGCGGCUGGAACGAGCUGCUCGACCUGCUGCAGUCGGAGCUGCAGGCCCAGCCGGGCGACGCCCACGUCAACGUGCGGCUGGUGCAGCUGUACCGCCUGGACGGGCGGCUGGAGGAGGCGGUCAGGCACUGUCUGGGCGCGGAGAGGAAGGGGGUCCUGCGCCACAGCCUGCCCUGGUACACCACCGUGGUGCAGACGCUCCAGGAUUACCUCAGCCUGCCAGCCAUGUCACCCAACGGGAAGAUGUGGCGGAGGGUGCAGUGCGAGCUGCUCCUGGCUCACUGCAACGUGCUUCGCCUUGCGCUGUCCGAGCAGAGCGUGCAGGACAGCGUGGAGGCCUUGAAGAGUUUUGACCAAGCAAUGCAGUCCGUGAAGAAAAUGGCCACCUGCACUACAGACGAUCUAUCGGAGAUCUUUGCUGAAAUGAGGGGGCACAUCUACAUGCAUGUCGGAACCCUGCUGCUGAAGAUGGCCCAGGACAGGAAGCAGAACUGGAGAGCUGUCACGGACCUGGCUACCCUCUGUUACCUCGUGGCGUACCAGCAGACACGUUUUCUGCCUAGUAAAACGAGUCUCUCCCCAGGUUCUGUCAUCUUACACGGUGGGAAUCUGCAGCAUCUGGCAUGGCUGGGUCUGCAGUGGGCAGUGAUGGACCACAGGCCUGCCCUGAGAGACUGGCUGAAGCAGCUCUUCCCUCGCCUGACCCUGGAGACGUCCAAGCUUGACACCAACACCCCCGAAUCCAUUUGCCUCCUCGAUCUGGAGGUGUUCCUGUGUGGCGUUGUGUUCACCUCUCACAUUCAGCUCCAAGAAACGUCAAACAUCGCUCCCAGCUCCCAGCUGCAGGAGCCCAUGUGUCUCCCCCUGCAGACCAUCAAGCUGCUCUCUACAGACAGGCAGAGAUCCUGGUGGGAGGCCAUCUAUAGCCUGAUCCACAAGAAAGCACUACCUGGGACCUCUGCAAAACUGCGAAUGAUAGUCCAGCAUGGACUCACCACUUUGAGAGCAAUGGAGAAGCACGGCCUGCAGCCAUCUCUAGCGAUAUACUGGGCUCAGCACCUUGCCGAAACGGGCAGGAACAUGAACUCCUACUACGACCAGAAGGAGUAUAUUGGCCGCUGUGUUCACUACUGGAAGGUGGUGCUGCCUCUGUUGGAAAAGAUCAAGAAGAGGCGCAACAUUCCUGAGCCUCUUGACCCCUUGUUUGUUCACUUUCACAGCAAAGAUAUACAGGUUACAGAAGUUAAAGAAUGUGAAGAACAGGCACAGAUUGCUUUUGCUACCCUCUUGGAUAUUGAAGGGAAAACAGAAGAUGCAAUCGCUGCCCUUGAAGCCAUCAAUAGUGUUACGUCUAACUGGCAGCUUGCGCAGAUAUUUCAGAGGCUGGCUGAAGAAGCAGGAAAUGGAGUUGAAGAAAAUAAGGAAAGGUGCACAAAUUACUUGCAGAAAUACAGACAGCACUUGUCUGAAAUCUUCAAAGCUAAUGUUGCUGAAGUUGAUAAGCUGCCCAUCGCCAUGGAGGACAUGUUCGACCUUCUGAAGGACGUCAACCGGCAGCUGGGGGAGGCCGGUGACGCCAUGGAGGAGCAAGAGCAGCUGGCUGUGAGCUCCAGCCCCGCUCAGAUCAGCCAUCUCUCAGAGCCCGUAGGGGCCAGUUCCCGCAUCAAGUUCUCUACUCCCUCCCCUACCAAGACUGUGCCCUCUCCCUCAAAGAGGCAUGUGUUCUCCCCUAAGACCCCCCCUCACUGGGCAGAGGACCAGAAGUCCCUUCUGCAGAUACUUUGUCAACAAGUCGAAGCCUUGAAGAAUGAAGUCCAUGACUUGAGGCACAACUCCUCGGGCACAGCGGCUUCCCCCCACCACCGGCUCUACAGUGAGGCCUACACUGGAGAUGCCAUUCCUGAGGCCUUUCCUGCAGCGCAGAGUUUCCACGGCGCUCCACUCACAGUGUCCACUACAGGCCCCUCGGUUUACUACAACCAGUCCCCGGCUUACAACUCACAGUAUCUCCUUCGUCCAGCAGCAAAUGUCACGCCUACCAAGGGCCCGGUUUAUGGGCUCAACAGGCUGACUCCCCAGCAGCACAUGUAUGCCUAUCAGCAGCCUACUCACACGCCUCCGCUGCAAACGACCUCAGCCUGCAUGUAUUCCCAGGAUGUCUACGGGCCGCCACUGCGAUUUGAGUCACCCGCUACCAAUCUGCUCUCCCCGUACAGCGAGGACUAUUAUAACCACACUGUCCCCCAGCCCAGCACAAAUCCACCUUUGCCUGAGCCGGGCUACUUCACAAAGCCCUCGGCUGGGGUCCAGCCUCCUAAGGCUGCUGAGGGAAAGACCGUGGAAUUUGGGAAAAUAACCUUUGGGCAGCAGAUACCCCUUGAAGGGCCAAAGGGGACGGGGUUUGCGGCAGGAGUAGCUGCCCAGUCCACACCAGCCGCCACUUUCAAGUUCAACUCGAACUUCAAAUCCAAUGAUGGCGACUUCACCUUUUCGUCUGCUCAGGUGAAGAGUAACAGUGAAAGUCUGCUGGGCUUGUUAACCUCUGACAUGCCUGCUAAAGCAGAAGGAAAUCUUGGACAGAAAGGUCCACCCCAGGAGCCAACACCCAGCCAGGGAGGGAUUUUCAGCUUCAGCAGUAAAAACACAUCUGGGUUCUCAUUUGCUGAGGCAGCUGCCCAGAGCCAGAACAGACCGGGCCUGUUUGGUAAAACUGAUCAGCCGUUCAGUUUCAAGGAUGUGAGCAAGUCCGUGUUUAGCAUGGCCAGUGCGGAGCAGCAGGAGGGAAGAGGAGGCGAGAGUGAUAACGAAAGCAUGCAUGUUGAGGAAGAUGAAGAUGGGCCUCACUUUGAGCCGAUUGUGCCCCUCCCAGAAAAAGUAGAUGUGAAAACUGGAGAGGAAGAUGAGGAAGAGAUGUUCUGCAACCGCUCCAAGCUUUUCAGAUUUGAUACCGAAACAAAAGAAUGGAAAGAGAGAGGCAUUGGGAGUAUCAAGAUCUUGAGACACAGGACAUCAGGUAAAGUCCGAAUCUUGAUGAGAAGGGAGCAAGUGCUGAAAAUCUGCGCCAAUCAUUACAUCAUGCCUGACAUGGUACUGAAACCAAAUGCUGGCUCUGAUAAGUCCUGGGUCUGGCACGCUAUUGAUUAUGCAGACGAAAUGCCAAAGCCAGAGCAGCUUGCUAUCCGGUUUAAAACUGCCGAAGAGGCUUCUCUUUUCAAAGCCAAGUUUGAAGAGGCCCAAAGGGUGGUGACAACCAAAGGUGCAUCUCCAUUAAAACAAGAUCACCAAAUGAGGAAAGAAGCUUCUCCCAGUGCUCAAGUAGCUACCAGAGACUCCGGGUUUGGUGCUCAAUUUGCAAAGAAAGAAGGGGAGUGGGAUUGUAGUGUGUGUUAUGUGAGAAACACUGCAUCCGCUGUGCUUUGUGUUGCCUGUCAAACCAGCAAUCCAAAUGCCAAAGCACAGCCAGGCACUAAAUCACCCAUGGAAGCUGCUAAAGAAUUUACAAUGUCUGCUCCAGGAAGCUUUAAGUUUGGGUUUGGUAAGGACGCUUCCAAAGUCACCAGCAGUGCUGGCUUUGGAGCCCAGUUUGGAUCUCUUCAGAUGCCCACUACAUUUAAUUUUGGAAGUUGCACUGAAACCUCCAAAGCACCCAUCCCUGUUGGUUUUGGUGCUCAGUUUGACAAGAAACCAGGUCAGUGGGAUUGUGAUGUGUGCGCAGUGCGAAACGAGGCCUGUGUUAGCCAGUGUAUAGCUUGUAACAGUCGUAAUCCAGCUAAUCAGGCUACAGUUCCUGCCCCCGCUGCAGCGACUCCUUCGCAAUUUAACUUUGGAGUGAACAGCAACAAGACCACCUCUGUGAUCACAGCAGGGUUUGGAGAUAAGUUUUCCAAGAAGGAUGGUGAAUGGGACUGCGACAUGUGUCUGGUUAGAAAUACAUCAUCUGCAGUUAAAUGUGUAUCUUGUCAGACUCCCAAUCCAAACUCUAAAGCUGAUUCGACUAAAUCCAGUGCCUUUGGACAGUCAGGGUUUGAAGCGCCAUUUGUCAAGGAAGGGCAGUGGGACUGUGAAUCCUGCUUGGUUAGGAAUGAAGCUUCUAAUACCAAGUGCCUUUCCUGUCAAACUGCUCGAAAAGGUUCUGCUUUUACUUUUGGAAUCUCAAGUGAUAAAAGCAAGUCUCUUCAAAAUGAUUUGGCAGCACAGUUUGCUAUGAAAGAGGGGCAAUGGGACUGCAACACAUGUUUGGUUAGAAAUGAAGGCUCUUCUGCUGCAUGCGUCUCCUGUCAGACACCAAACCCAAAUGCCAAAAGCUCUACUUCAGCAACCCCAUCUAGUUCCUCUUUUACUUUUAGCCUCAGUGAGGCUGCCACGAAACAGCCUCCACCAACAGGAUUUAAAGCCAAUUUUGACACUAGCAGUACAUUAAAAUUUAGUCAAGUUGCUGAUAAGAGCUCAUCAGGGUCCUUCAAGUUUGAGCCCCUUCCAUCACAGGCCAGCAACAAAACCACCAGCAGUGGAGGAUUUUCCUUUUCAAUGCCAGUGCCUCCAGGGGGAUUCAAGUUUGGCACUUCAGAGGUGGGAAAGCAAACCAGUACAGCUGAAAAUCCGACCUCAGUAGGAAGUUCAGCUUCCCUGUUUCUGAAGAACUUUGCAGAGCAACACCGAGAAAAAGAAAAGGCAUCAAGCACAGGCACCACUACAACCUUAACCUCAGCUGAGCAGGAAGAGCAUGAUGCAAAUCCUUUGUUUUCUGGCAAACCCAACACCUUUACCUUUGCUGAUCUUGCUAAAUCCUCACAAGAAGGUGAUUUCCAGUUUGGACAGAACGAUCCCAAUUUCAAAGGGUUUUCAGGAGCUGGGGCGCAGUUGUUUUCUUCUAGCCAGGCAGAGCCUAAGGCAGAUGGCCCUGUAGAUCAGGAUGAGGAGGAUAUGUACAAAACGGAAGAGAAUGAUGACAUUCAGUUUGAGCCUGUCGUUCAGAUGCCCGCAAAGGUGGAUUUGAUCACCGGAGAGGAAGACGAGGAGGUGCUUUAUUCUCAGAGAGUCAAGCUUUUCAGAUUUGAUGCAGAGAGCAGUCAGUGGAAAGAGAGGGGGGUGGGAAAUAUAAAGCUGUUAAAGAAUCAGGAAAAUGGCAGACUGAGAGUGCUCAUGAGGAGGGAGCAGGUGCUGAAAGUUUGCGCUAACCACUGGAUCACCACCACCAUGAACCUGAAGCCCCUCUCCGGCUCUGACCGCGCCUGGAUGUGGCUGGCCAAUGACUUCUCUGAUGGAGAUGCCAAAUUGGAGCAGCUUGCAGCCAAGUUUAAAACCCCGGAGUUAGCAGAGGAGUUCAAGCAGAAGUUUGAAGAGUGCCAGAGACUGCUGUUGGAUAUACCUUUGCAGACCCCUCACAAACUGGUGGACACUGGAAGGACUGCACAUCUUAUCCAGAAAGCAGAAGAGAUGAAGUCAGGCUUGAAGGACCUGAAAUCCUUCCUGACUGAUGACAAGGCCAAGAUCAAAGAAGAUGACACCCAAGCAGGUUGCUCAACUCCCAGCAGUACAUCUGGUUUGAUUAUCAAACCACAUGCUGAAAGCACUGGACCCACCUUAGAGUGGGACAACUAUGAUCUGCAAGGAGACGCCCUGGAUGACAGUGCUGAGACUUCAGUCUAUGCCUCUCCACUUGCUAGCAGUCCCGUUCGAAAGAAUUUGUUCCGUUUUGGUGAAUCCACAGCAGGCUUUAGCUUUAGUUUCCAGCCUGUGUUAAGCCCUUCUAAAUCUCCUUCUAAGCUGAACCAAAGCAGGGUCUCAGUUGGCACAGAUGAAGAUUCUGAAACAACUCAGGAAGAGGAAAGAGAUGGCCAGUAUUUUGAGCCUGUUGUACCUUUACCAGAUCUAGUAGAGGUGUCUACUGGGGAAGAAAAUGAGCAAGUUGUGUUCAGCCACAGAGCCAAGCUUUAUCGUUACGACAAAGACCUGAGCCAGUGGAAGGAGAGGGGCAUCGGGGACCUAAAGAUUCUACAGAACUAUGACACCAAACGGGUUCGAGUGGUGAUGAGAAGGGACCAGGUGCUUAAACUUUGCGCCAACCACUGGAUAACAAAGGACAUGAAGCUGGAGCCUAUGAAGGGGGCUGAACGAGCUUGGAUCUGGAGUGCUUUUGACUUCACCGAAGGGGAGGGGAGAGUUGAGCAGCUGGCUGUCCGCUUCAAGCUACAGGAAGUAGCCAACUCCUUCAAGGAGCUCUUCGAUGAGGCCAGGAAAGCCCAGGAGAAUGAUGCUCUGGUGGCACCGAAGACACCCGAGGAGAAAAAUCUCCACAAAUCCCCUUGUGGCAAGGCUGCUGUGGCCGUGCUCGAGGAAACCACCAGAGACAGGACGGACCUGCCUCCGCAGGGUGACCCAGCCCCUGGCGACACAGUCUCAGAUGCUGCACCCCACAGCCCCGACAAACCCUCCAAAGCCAUGAUAUCACCUCCCAAGUUUGUCUUUGGCUCCGAGUCCGUUAAGAACAUCUUCACGAAAUCUGUCUCUUUCGGCAGUACUGCCCCUUCCAAGGAAUUGUUUGGCUUCAGCUUCCAGGCACCCCCCAAAGAGGGUACUGGCCCCUCAUCCGCAAGCACGCAAGCAGCAGCAGAGAGUGUCCAUGAGAGUAGUAAGGCAUCUUCUCAGCCAGUCAGUGCUGUUACAUCAACUCCAUCAACACCCUCUGCGUUCAAACAACCAGAGAAAGCUGCCAGUCUGGGGGGGAAAGAGACAGUCCCAGGCCAAGCCCAGCCCGAGUCCAGCGCUGCUGCUGCAGAGUCUGCUCCAGAAGAGGGGAAUCUAAAAGCGACGGGCUCUGCUGAGGUCCUGAUCGUGUUUGAGCAGCAGCCUACCAGAGAGCAGGAAGAGAUGGCUCGGUCCCUCAUGCUGCCCUGCACGUUCUUCUGCUACAAGAACAAGCCCGGCUACAUGAGCGAUGACCAGGACGAUGAUGAAGAUUAUGAUACAGCAGUGAAGAAGCUAAAUGGAAAACUGUAUCCUGACCAGCCAGAAAGGCAAAGAAAAAGUGAAGAAACAGCAGUGCAGCGUCGGGAGCCGUUGACGCCAGCAGACAGCCGAGAUGCAGUAGCGCAGACGAGCCAGCAGGGGGAGCCACAACACCCUGCAGCCGCAGAGGCCUCGGCCUCGGCAGCGCAGCAUGACUUGGUUAUCAGAGUGCGUCCAGUGACUGGUAACGCUGAUCCUGACCCCCCAGCAGUGCAGCGUCGGGAGCCGUUGACGCCAGCAGACAGCCGAGAUGCAGUAGCGCAGACGAGCCAGCAGGGGGAGCCACAACACCCUGCAGCCGCAGAGGCCUCGGCCUCGGCAGCGCAGGCUGUGGAGGCGGAUCCGGACUGCGUCAUCGUCUGGGAGAAGAAGCCGACUCCCGAGGAGGAGAAGAAGGCGAAGGAUCUCCUGCUCCCACCUACGUUCUUCUGCGGGGUCAGCAGCGACAGCGAGGGCGAGAAGCCAGACGACUUCGAAGUGGAAGUCAGGAGAGCAGCGCAGGCUUUGGAGAGGCAGGAGGGGGCUGGGAGCACAUCUACUGAGGCAGCCGUCUCCACAGGCGGUGAUGUGAAGGCAGCAGGUGACCAGGCGGCCUCCACAGGGGCUCGGUCCAGUUUCCCCAGCGAGAUUGCACCCAGUGCUCAGGACAGCCGUCCCAUCGACCUCUCGACCAAGAAGACCUGCGAGCCUGGCUCCACCGGCUCAGAAGUUCCUAUUGUGUUUGGUUUUGGUGCUUCCUUGGGAUUCUCGUUUGCAGAUUUGGCUCAAAAUUCUGACGAAUUUGCUUUUGGGAAAAAAGAUGACAACUUCACCUGGAGCAAUGCAGGGGCGGCUGUGUUUGGUUGCUCUGCUGUCACCCAGUCAGAGAAAGAUGAUGAAGGCAGUGAUGAAGAGGACACUGCCAACAAUGUGGACAUUCACUUUGAGCCCAUAGUGUCGCUGCCGGAGGUGGAUGUGAAAUCCGGGGAGGAGGACGAAGAGAUCUUGUUCAAGGAGCGGACCAAGCUGUACCGCUGGGACCGGGACCUGAACCAGUGGAAAGAGCGUGGCGUGGGAGACAUGAAGAUCCUUUACCACCCUCAGAAGAGAUGCUGUCGGGUGCUGAUGAGGAGAGAACAGGUGCUGAAGGUCUGCGCCAACCAUGUCAUCACCCAGGCCAUGGAACUCAAGCCCAUGAGCACGUCCACCAAUGCUCUCGUGUGGACAGCAACCGAUUAUGCAGAUGGAGACGGGAAGGUUGAGCAGCUGGCUGCGAAGUUCAAAACAGCGGAGCUGGCAGAGUCCUUCAAGAGGAAGUUUGAGGAGUGCCAGCGCCGCAUGUCCCAGAUGGACUCUGUGCAGCUGUCCCAAGCCCUGGAGCUCUCGCGGGAAGACAACCCCAAGGUCUUCUUCGACAUCACCAUCGACAGCCAGCCCACUGGCAGGGUCACGAUGGAACUGUUCGCUCACAUUGUCCCCAAAACCACCGAGAACUUCCGAGCUCUCUGCACUGGAGAAAAGGGCUUCGGCUACCGAAACUCCAAAUUCCACAGGGUUAUUCCAGAUUUUGUGUGUCAGGCUGGAGAUAUCACAAAUCAGGACGGAACAGGAGGCAAGUCUAUCUACGGGGAGCGAUUUGAAGAUGAGAACUUUGACGUGAGGCACACUGGGCCAGGGUUGCUCUCUAUGGCAAACAACGGCCGAGACACAAACACCUCCCAGUUCUUCAUCACUUUGAAGAAGGCGGAACACCUGGAUUUCAAGCAUGUUGCCUUUGGAUUUGUCAAGGACGGCAUGGAGAUCAUCAAGCAAAUAGGAGAACUUGGUUCAGUGACUGGCCAACCAAGGAAAAAGAUUGUCAUUGCCAACUGUGGACAGUUGUAGUUUUCUUUGAAAUCGAUGCACUUGCUUUUAAAUUCAGCGCUGCAGUUCAAAUUAGGUGAAAUCUGCAUAUUUAAGGUAAAGGUGUAUUUGUAUGUAUAAAUAUAAAUUGAUUUGUUUUUUUUUAUAAAACUUAGUUGGGAAAACUUUGCAUGAGUUCAAAUAAAGCUGAAACACUGGCUGUUUGUAAAUCCAAUGAACUGUUUUUGUAAAAGUCUUAAAGUUGAAAUUAAAGAGUGUAAUGCCUUUUAUUUUUCCUGCCGAUA